GAAAAUAUUACUAGUACUCAUGCCCCGUGGCCGAGACACCACAGCUGCAAGAUAUUAUGACGUCAUUGUAUUCAAAAACAAUUUCAAAACAAAGAAAAGCGAAGUGAAGCGAAGAUGGACGAAGCAAAAGAAACCACGAUUUUUAAAUAGUUUAUCGCAAAAAAAAAAUGCCUUUCUGAGAACGGUCGACGUAGAAAUCAGUUGGUCGUACAUGUUGACAAGAUGGCAACGAUAUCGUGGCCGAGACGACGUGUACGAAACGUCAAGAGGAUCAAGCAUGAUCACCAUCAGAUACUCAACCGAGCUGCCUUGGACUCUCAGCUCCUGACAUCAGUAUUAGUAAGUUCAUCAGCGUUGCGCAUUCGUUCGUUGAUAUCACGUGGUGCGAACGUGAACUGCUCCAACUCCUUCGGAUAUACUCCUCUACUUUUAGCAUUAUCACGUGAUGGAGAUGAGCAAUCAAUUCACGCUGUUUCAGAGCUGUGUGAAGCUGGAGCCGACGUGAACCUUAGUAGUGAUGUCUUCUACGGAGACACUCCAUUACACUUCGCUUGCAUGCUCAAAAGUAGCGUGUUUGCUAGGAUUCUAAUCGCAAAUAAUGCUAACGUACGCGCAAGAAAUCACGCAGGUUACACACCACUUCACACAGCUGCUCUACGGGGAAACUUAGAAAUCGUUAAACUACUUUGUUUGAAUGGAGCUGACAUUGACGCUACUGAGACGUAUUGUGGGUACACUCCUCUGCACUUAGCAGCCAACGGUAACCAUGACGAUGCUAUGAUCCUCCUUGCAGAGGGCGGGGCGAAUGUUUUACAGCGUGAUUUUCAAGGGUUGACGCCAAUUGACAGGUGUCAAUCAACAAACACUAAAAUUAUACUUGAUAGAUAUACUAUAAGGCCAAAACGAUUGGAGGAAAUCUGCGUGGAAGUAAUACGACAUGAAACUGGAAAGUUCAGUGGGAUCCCAGGUUACGACAGACUGCCUUUACCAAGGUUAAUCAGAGAUAAGAUCCAACUUGAUUUUUAACUAUUUUUCUGCAUUCUCACAUCUUCUGAAAUCUCUUUACUAUGUACUAUUAAUUUUAUCAAUAUCCAUUGAUAUAUAUUUUAUCACAAGAGAAUUUACUUUAUUUUAAUAGGGCGUUUUCAUGAUGGCAUCAUUGACCUCUACUAGCAGACUCUCUUGCACACCAAUUGUCUUGCUAUUCUCAUGAAGGAAUACUAUUUUAAAUAAAAAAGAAAAUUUACAAAGCAACUUGGUAGUGGGAGUCAAAUGACUCCAUCAUGCAAACGUCCUAUUUUUAUUUAUUGACCUUAGGAUCCAUUAUAGCUUUGUUUUUAGUUAGUUAUUUUUGUUUUGUUUUGGUUUUUUUGUUUUGUUUUUUUGUUUGUUUUUAUCAUUAUUUCUUUAAUGAUGUGAAUGAUGUGAAUAUUGUGAUAUUAUAUAUUGUAUGCCUCCUUUUGUAAAUAUUUUAUAUCCACCUUUUAAUUCCAUAAUUUUAUUGCAAUACAAAAAGAUAGUUUUAGAAAAAAAUAUUAAAUUAAAUUAAGAGUAUCAUUAGUUGUCAUUCAACCUCAAUAUCAAAUCAAUAAACUAUUUGUAAAUUUAAUAGAA